AUAACUGUCGGCUUUCUAAUGGGAUGUGGCCGUUGAAAGGGGUGAAGAAGUUUGACAGUAAGAAGGUCAAGAUUAUUCACAUACACUUGCAGGACGACUAAAUUGAUGCAGACGUUUAGUGAAUAUUUCAUAUGUGCGGCGAAAGUGUAAGGUUAAGUUAAUGUGAGGAUAUUUCGAAGAAAAUUCAUUAAAAAUAAAAAAAAAAAACGUACAAGGAUGCCAAACUAACGGGAAAUAUAAACUUAGCAUCUGGGAAUUUAUGUGUGCUGCCUCCUAAAAGUAGGCUAUACGAAAUUGCAACAACUCAGCGGAAAAUCGAAAUUACCUGGAAAUCGAAUGAUUGCCUAAUAAUUGAUUUACAAAAGGAAAAACGAUACAGGUUUUGCUAUAAACUACUUAUUGUAAAAUAUAUAUUGCAACUGAAAAAUAAAUUACGGAAAAUUGUGGUCUCUUGCCAAAAAGAAAAUUCCAAAGCAAUUUAACAACCGAAUUACAGUGAACAUAAAAGUUAUUAGAAAUUCAUCUAUUUAAGAAUCAAGAAUGGCCGCACCGAAUUCUUUUAAUCAUCCGUAUGGUGUGUCGGCAGCCGCCGCUGCCACUGCUGCCUCAACAAACGCAACAAUACCACCCAUUGAAGGUGCCAAGCAAAAAGGAGGUGCAUCCACUAUUCGACGUCUGGAUUCUGCUGCGCCGAAUAAACGCAUUAUGCCCGCAAAUCAAUAUAAUUCUCAAAAUCAACAGCAAUCACAACGUGAAGAAAACGCUUCACCGAAGCGCUCUAUGCAGGUGGCUCAACGGCAACAACAACAAUAUAGUGACGUUAUACAGAAUGAGGAUAAUUUGGAGUAUUUCAUCAAGUUUCCCACACCAAAUUAUCGCAGCGAUGCAAUGGAUACGGGCGAUUCGGACUUUGUAUUUGUAUACAAUGAUUCAAAUGUUCCUAUUGUCAUGUUGCUCGGUUGGGCCGGCUGCCAGGAUCGUUACCUAAUGAAAUAUUCGAAGAUAUAUGAAGACCGUGGCUUAAUUACCGUUCGUUAUACGGCUCCGGUGGAUACGCUUUUUUGGAAACGCACCGCAAUGAUUCCUAUUGGUGAAAAAAUACUGAAACUAAUGUAUGACAUGAAUUUCGAUUCACAUCCGGUGAUUGUGCAUAUUUUCUCGAAUGGCGGCGCUUACCUGUAUCAACACAUAUCGUUAGCAAUGCGUAAACAUAAGACGCCCAUACAAAUACGUGGCAUGAUUUUUGAUUCUGCACCUGGUGAGCGUCGCAUUUUGGGUUUAUAUCGUGCUGUGACAGCUAUUUAUGGAAAAGAGCGGAAGAAAUGCCAUUCUGUAACAGCACUAAUUAUAACUUUGACUUUAAGCAUUAUGUGGUUUGUUGAGGAAACGUUUGCCGCUUUUAAAAGUUUGUUUUUCAAAUCUGAACCGGUACAAACAAAUCCCUUCAGCGAUUUGAAAAACGAGGCCACACAGUUCCCACAAUUGUUCGUGUAUUCGAAGGGAGACGUAGUGAUUCCUUAUCAAGACAUAGAAAAAUUCAUUAAAAUUCGACAAGAGCGGGGUGUGGAUGUAUCAGCUGCAUGUUUUGAAGAUGCCGAACAUGUAAAAAUUUAUACAAAAUAUCCGUCACAGUACAUUCAUUGCGUAUGUUCAUUUAUCAAUAAUUGUUUAUCACGGCCUUAUAAGGGCGGUAAUGGUUUGGAGACGGUCACUGACAGUGGCUCGCCAACCAGUUCGAUUCGUUCUAUACUGGGUGCUAAUUCCUCUAAAUAUGAUUAAAGAAAAUAUUAUAUGAACCGUUGUUUUUACGCGGAUAAAUUACUUAAUUUCAACUAUUUAGUUAUCACGAGUGUGAAGUAUUGAUCGAAAGUAGUAUCUGCAAGGAUGAAGUAUGUGUGAGCCGCUUACAUACUUUUGCAAUAUUUUAAUAUUGUAAGUGCACAAUAUAAAAUAAAUAAUCUGCGUUACUACCUAUAAUUUUACUAUAUGAUUAUUUAAAGCAAAAAGCAAAAAUAUAGCUUUAUUACUUUUUGAUCACAAAAAUAUUAUAGUUUAUGUAGUAAACUUUUAAAAUGUGAUACUAUAGGCGAAAACAAAAACAAAUUAUAGAUUUGACACUUGUACGAGUGGAUUUCAAAUCUUUUAUUCAAACACAUAUAAUUAAAUAUUUUCCUAUUUAAUAUAAAUACUUACUUGCUUACUUACUGAUCAAAAGUUAUGUAAAUGGCUUUAAGUAGUGAAUGAAUUUAAAUAAAUGCCUGUUCCGCAGGAAAAAUUUUAGAGUGAAUAUA